ACUGUCGUCUAGCAUAUUCUCAUCGCGUCUAUGGUUCCUACGCCUUAACAUAGGAAACUGCAGUAUAAAUACAGGUUCGAUUCAUUGAGAUUUCUUCAAUCUACAACUGUGCUACGUGUACAUUUCGAGAUCUACAGCUUUAAGGUUGGGAGAGAAAUUUCAUCGUAUCAUGUCUGUUUCACAAAAUUCUUCUUUGCUGCUCAGUGUGGUACUCUUAUUCAUGAUUCAAUUGUUACCUUCAACCCGUGCGGCUCCGAUAAGUUGCAAAAAAAACAGCAGAAAAUCCGAGAAAUGUGAGUAAGAAUCUAUGCUUUUAUGAUAACUCUUGGAUUACAUUCAUUUCCUUGAAUACGACGGCUGAUCACAUAUUGGCAGAACGUUUCUCUUGGUUGGCGUUAGGAUUCAGAGAUUCCUUGCGAAGAACAAUUCUACUUGCACUCUAGCGUCCUCCAUGAGUUCAGAACUGUCAAAAAAACUGAACUAACGGUCGCUUACUCGUUGCAUUUUUUCUUUUAGUUUAUUUUCUAUUAUUUCUUCUUUUCCUCGCUUAUUCCCUUUCCCUGAUACCCGUAAUCGAUGACAAAAAUUUAAUUUUUUAUCCCUUAACAGUUAAGAACUGUGCUGAGCUUUACACGUGCGGCCAAUCCAUCAGCGGUGUUUAUACAAUCGACCCUGAUGGUUUAGGUGCCUUUGAUGUCUAUUGUGAUCAGACAACAGCUGGUGGAGGAUGGACAGUGAUCCAGAAGAGGGUGGAUGGCACCAUGAAUUUCAAUCUCACCUGGAACGACUAUAAAAAGGGAUUCGGUGAUUUCCUCAUUCGUGAAUUUUGGCUCGGACUGGACAAGAUCCAACGCCUGACGCAAAACAAAACAGAAAACGAACUCCGCGUGGAUCUAGGAGUAACUGCCAAUAAAUCUGUCUACGCAGAGUAUAAAUGGUUCGGUAUUGAGAACGAGACAGCUAAUUACACGCUGCACAUUGGCAGUUUCUCGAAUUCUUCAACUGUUCAUGACUCUCUAACCCGUCAUAAUGGCAUGUUAUUUUAUACCUGGGACAGCUCUCCAGCUUACCAUGAUUGUACAUCGUUUGGGGGAGGCUGGUGGUACUGGAAAACAUGUCAUGCUCCGGACUCAAAUCUCAAUGGCAUCUACUCUCAUGGAAAUACUUCUAUUAAUCAAAUCCGCUGGGCACGAUUAAAUCAUGGAAGUGCUGAAGACACGGCUCCCAAAACAACUGAAAUGAAAAUCAGACGAAAGGACUUUUUGUAGUGGGUGAGAGGAGGGAAAGGAUUUUGUAUGUGUUAGGAUCAAAUUUUCCAGAUUCCCUUAUAAGGCUCUGUAAUAUUCUUUAGUUUUUCCCAUAUAGUAGUCAAAUACAAACAUCCUCCAACCACCCGGGCGAUAACUGACGUCUGGCCCUUAAUCAUUUGUGCUUAUUUAUUUUACUUAACGUGAAAUCCAAUUGCAUAUUGUGAAGGGGAAGUCAAGUUUAAAAUUUGGGAUAGUUAUCUAAGAUUUACCAAGGAACGUACUUAAUUUGAGAAGUACUUGGAUGGAGACAAAACGCAAAAUUUUGUUUUUGUAGAUAGUUUAUAGCGGUAAACAACGCCUGACCUCGUCGUCAGUCCGUUAGAUCCAAAAGUGAAUUCCUUGAGGCUUUAAUUAUAAUUAGGUUAAGUCGACUUCAUACUAAAUUAGACCGAUUUCGAGGUUUAUUGCAAACUUUAUCCGAAAGUGUUGAAUAAAUAUGAAAAUAUUUCAAGUCUUCCAGCCAACUCCUUGACGUACUUAUACAGUGCUUAUGAUUUUAAAAAAGAAGUGGAAAGUUUCAUUUUACGUUCACUUAUAUUGAGGUAAUUUCUAAUGUAAACACUGUAUGGUAGAGGCGACUUUCUGGCGCGCGUUGAAAAUAACAAAGCUCCACUUCUCACAAGUCGUGACAUUUCAAACACUUUAGAAAGAAAAACACUGCGUUGAA